GAGAGAGAGAGAGAGCGGGAAGGAUUUUUAAUAGGGAAAAGGGAGGGCGAGGUGAUGUUGUAGGUUGUGUACUGGGGAAAGCUUGAGUUGCCGGAAUGGAUGAAUGAAGGGAGGAAGAGGGAGACGAUGAUUCCAUGGACGGUUAAAGACAGAUUACUGCAGCGUUAGACGCUAUUUCUAUUUCUGAAUUACUUUUGCGAGUAUGUGAUAUUUCCUGGAGUGUUUGAGGACUAUUUCAAACCGGUGUUGGACGAAUUACCAAGCUCGAUUGAUCCCAUAAAAAGACCCAACUUUGCAGAUCCUUGACAGGGGAGCUCGAUUGCAGCCGUUCCUUGUUUGGAUGAUCCAACCAGUAGCAUUCCCAUUAUUAAGGUGGAGCUGGAGACAGAGGGCUGCGGAACGGAGUUCCUCAAACUGGUGCUGGAUUGAUCCGGUAAAAAGUACCAACUUUGCCGCCAUGUCACAGGAAAUCGCAGGAAGCUCUCGGAAACGUCAAAGACGGAGCGUUGCAGAUCGGAAUUCUUCAAGCCGCGUACCGGAUCGGUUAAAAUUCAAUGUAGGUGGCAAGAUAUUCGAGACGACCAAGACCACACUGGCCAAUGCAGCGUCCAGCUCGUUCUUUUCCGCCUUGCUCAAUGAUAGGUGGAACUCCGACACUGAUGAGAUAUUCAUCGAUCGUGAUCCCAAGUGCUUCGGUGCCCUCCUAAAUCUCCUCCGCACCGGAGAACUUUGCAUCCCCGGCAGCGUAACAAAGGAUUUUUUCUACAAAGAAGCUCUAUAUUAUGGCCUCGAAGGCCACCUCCAAGCAGCAGUAAGAGGGAAUUUGAACGGGAAUCUUCUGCGGCUCUCGCAUUUCGUAUCGGUGAGCCAUGCCUGGGAAAAGGGGAAUAUUAUUCGUGCUAGUCCAAACGGGGGCUUGUGUGUUGCCCAUGGCAACGUUGUGCGUACAUUCGACAGCUGGAAUGUGGUGGGAUAUCCUCCGAUAUGUCUCAACAAGGACAACCGCAUUUAUGAUAUUCUUUGGUGUGAUUCACGGAAUGUCAUGAUUACAACAUCGAGGAGGGACGUUGCACUGCUGAACUUGGUAACUGGGGAAUUAAGCCACUGCAUUUCAAGCGGAAUCGUCAAGUCUUCUAGGCCUCUCAUUUUCAAGACUCUCUGUAUGCAUUCAGAUCAUCGUAACGAGGUUUUCUCAGGUGCUUCAUUCGAAGACACUGGAGAGAGUGUCGGAGUAGAAAUUUGGGACCCAACAAGGGGCAAGUUGACGAGUUCCAUUCAUUGGACCGAUGCCGAUGGGUACGGAAGCAUAAGAACGUUGCAUUGGGUAAGUUGGAUGAACUGUUUAUUAGCAAUCAUCCAUAGAGCCAGUGGGGAUCUAGUGCUUUUAACUAUAGACCCUAGGGAGAAUUCUUGUAGAUUUAGAUUUAGAAAAUUUCUACACAAGCCCGUGAGGUUCGUAGAGGGGGCUGUGGACGAGUCUGGGAACAACAUUUGCUUGAUGGAUCAGUGCAUGAAUGUGGUCAUUUUUGAUUCCCGUAAUCAGCAUCUGAACUCAUGGUCUGUUAGCAAGGAUGCGUGUAACGUUGCUCUGAGCGGCACGAACUCCCGACUUCAAUCGAUCCAUUGUUAUCGGGGGCAACUAUAUGCAUGCACGAGGAGCAACAUUUUUGUAUUGUCUGGUUCCGACUGGGUCAUCACGUCGAAGGUUCGGUCCAUUGGCGGCUCAAUAUGCGAUAUUUCUAUCGGUGGAGAUAGACUUUUUGCCUUGCAUAAUGACCCGGAUGUAAUUAACGUAUGGGAGACUCCUCGUCCUUGAUAUAAUUAAUAUUUAGAGGUGGACUGAAGUCCCAGUCUUUUCAUAUUGUUUGAUAUAUAUAUAUACACACACAUAUAUAAACUUAAAUUUAGGCCUUCGUUGUAGCCUUUAUUAAGCGAUGCAUGAUCACUUUUGUUAUUAAGAAUUUGGAGCUCUCUCUCUCCCCCGGU